CUACCUACGUAAUACUAUUUUAAUAUUUCUAUAUCAACCAUGUGAAGAACAAGUCAUCAUACAUUGUAGAUAUCUCCAUCAUCACCAUCAUCAUCAUCACCAUCGAUCUAAUCAAUCAACUCAAUCUAUCAUCAUCUUCAAACUUCAUCCAAUAAAAUCACCCUGGUGGUAUUUUAUUCGAUCACUUCAUCACUGCAUUCUUACUUUUCAUCAUCACUACAUUCUCAAUCUUCUCUCAAAUAGAAUUCAUUAACUUUAAAGGGAAUACCCUCGUGAACACAAAUGAAUCCUUCAAAUCUUACGAUUCAAGUCGAUGAUCGAGAAAAAGAUCAAGGUCCUACUAUCAAAGGAUUAACACUUCAAACUUCUCCAUUCUAUACAUCAUCUCCUAUAACAAAAUCACCUGUGAAGAGAUCGCCUAAUGAGAAAAAAACGUUGAGAGCCAGAAGACCUUUCAAGUAUUUAAAACAUCAAGGACCACGUCCGAUUCCCAGUAAUCCGAGCAACCGAAUCUUUUAUUCAAACCAAACGAUUUCCAUCCAUGAUUCAAAUCAAACUCACUCGAAGUUUUCACGGAUCAGAACCAGUUCGAACUCUGAUACAAGAGUGCCUAAACGAUCUACUUCAUCUAAUAAUCAUAAUGAACCUAAAUCGACGAACCGAAUCAAUGGAAACAAACCUUACUCACAAAUCUCUUCGCGUUUACUCAAAUCACGAAACUUGAAUUUGAGUGCCAUAGACACGUUAGCAUGUCAAAGAAGCAAACAACCAGGUGUAGAAGUCUUACACGACGAAGCCGAUUCGAUGAUGAGCCAUAGUGGAGCCACCCAUCAUUGUCAUUCAACAAGCACCAGUUCACCUCAUCGACUUUCUCAACACCUUUCGACAUCCUGUUUCUCGGCUUGGUCAACAACCACUUCCUCAACUCAACUGAAAUCUUUAUCUUUCUUGUCUUUGAACUCUACUAGGUCUUCGGAACUUCAGUUACCUGAUCAACUUGAGAAAUUGAACGUCUUGAAUCAUAAUCUUCCAACUACUAAAGUUACUCAUCAUCAAGCUUUACAGAAACGUUCGAUCUCGUUUCAUGAAUCGAAUCCUUCGAAUUGGUGAACUUUUUAUCAAUCCUUUCAUAACUUUUUAUUAGGUUAUUCUUUUUCUUUCAAGUUUUAUGGUUUCCUUCUUCAGUCUUUGAUGCUUCAUGAUUCGUUUUUUUGUUUGUAACCCUAAAAAACACUCGAUUCUAUGUUUUGUUUUUUCGUAUUGAUAUUUUCCAAAAAAAAGCAAAGUACUACUACCAGUUUAUUUAUUAAGCAAUGUUUUGUAUGUAUCUCGAAUCCAAGAACCCCCCCGGAAGAAAAACCAAUAAAGAAUUAUGUUCUCUUUGAUUUUAGAUGAAUUUGAUCUAUUGAUUAGGUGUAAAAAGUUGUACUAUUUUGUCUUUGGAAUGUUGUUUUGUGUACUGUGAAUGGAAUUGAAAAUAUGAAGGUUUUGAACAACUA